AUGGGUAAAAAACUACAGUUGGCCUCGAAGUUGUCUGGAGAAAAUUUUGCUAGCAAAUCGAACAAGAAAGGCAGUCAAAAGUACUGGCCAGCGACAGGGACUAAAGAUGAUAUCCCUGGCUGGCUGCGUGACAAUGAUUAUAUCGUCAACGGCUAUCCUAUGCCAACAUAUUCCUAUGGGCGAUCCUUUCGUCUAUGGCGCUGCUGGCAUAUGGAGACGAUGAAUAUAUGGACUCAUCUCUUGGGGUCUGUGGCAUUCAUUGUUACUGCUUCCGCUCUAUACAAGUCUACUUUCAUAUUUGUGAACAUGGAUCUGAAGGAUGGUGACAUGUUUGCUUUUGGUACCUUCAUGAGCGCUGCCGUGGUUUGCUUCUCUCUAAGCACCACAUUUCACACCCUCAGAAGCCACUCCUACAACAUCCAUCAUUUCUGGGGCAAAAUGGAUAUUUUGGGAAUCUGCGUUCUCGCCUUUGGUGCCGGAACGUCGAUGACCUACUAUGCAUUCUACUGCAGGCCAACCGUCCAACGGGCAUACUGGGGACUCAAUCUGCUCUCGGCCCUUGCGAGCGCUGUUACACUUUUCGAUACAGGCGGUGGCGGAACAAAAAUGCGAAGUCUGCGUGGCGGUGUUUUCUCUCUGCUUGCACUCUCAGCUAUGGUUCCUAUCUUCCACAGUGUUUAUCUAUUAGGAUGGGCUCGCGCAAGUUGGGAAAUCGGGGCUGACUGGUAUUUUGCCGAAGCGUUUUCUCUUCUGGUCGGAGUUGGUUUGUUUGUUACACGAGUGCCGGAAAGGCUGAGUCCGGGUUCUUUUGAUAUUCUCGGCCAUUCGCACCAGCUUUUUCAUACAUUCGCCCUUCUUGGUGCAGCAUUUCAUGUGAUGGCCCUGGUAGCUGGGUAUAGUUAUCGACAGACGCACCUAAGCUGCUAA